AUGGCCAUUUCCAGUACUCAAACCUUUCUCUCUAGGGUUUUCAUCCUAUUUCUUUUUUUCCAAUCCCAAACCUUCACGGUUCAGCCUCGAAGCUUGAAACCCCAUGGACGUCUUGCUUUUGCUAGAAGCUACCUCAAGGCAUACGGCUAUCUCAGUGAUGAUCAUCACCAACAUGAUGAUGGUAACGAUGUUAUGGAAUCAGGAAUAAAGAAGUUUCAAGAAUUCUAUAGCCUUAAUGUUUCUGGAAAACUUGAUCAUGAAACACUAGAGGCAAUGGAUCAACCCAGAUGUGGAGUUCCAGACGAAAUGCUUAGUAAGAAGAGUUUUCUCAAUAAUUCAAAGUUCUCUUUUUUCUCAGGAAAACCUACAUGGCCUUCUUCUAAAAGAAACCUCUCAUACGCUUUCAAAUCUGGGGUUGAUGUUGUGCCAUUAGACGUUUUGAGGUCAGUUUUUCUCAUAGUAUUUGCACAAUGGUCCGGCGCCACCAAAUUCACAUUCAAUGAGGUUGUUAUUGAGAAAACUGACCUCACAAUCGGCCUUUAUCGUGGUGCUCAUGGCGACGGUAAGCCGUUCGACGGCCCAGGACAUAUUUUGGCACAUGCUUUUGCACCAACCGACGGAAGGCUUCACUAUGAUGCCGACGAGAAAUGGAGCGACCAGAACCCGACACCGGCCGGCCAGUUCGAUUUGGUGUGGAUAGGUUUACAUGAAGUAGGCCACCUUCUGGGACUUCAACAUAGCAAGGAUCCAAAUGCAGUGAUGUAUGCCUUUAUGCAACCUGGAAAAAGUAAGAGGGCUUUGGGUUCUGAUGAUAUUGCGGGCAUAAAAGCCUUAUACCCUAAUUAA